ACUUUAACAAAGAUACCAGAAGAUUCAACCAGUCAACUAUCUGGUGGUACAGAAGUUAGUGAGAGAGAUAGUGGUCGUGGUACUAGUGAAGAGGAUAGUAAAAUAUAUCACAGUGAUCCAGAAGACCAACGACCAUUCAGCUCACCUUACAACAAUGGAAGCAAAAGAGUUCGAUUUUCGGAAAAUAACAAAAAUCAUCAACAACUUCCAAUGACCAAUCAACGGACACCAAUGACUUAUCUACACAACGGACAUAAUCCACAUAAUCCCAGAGACAAUGUUUCGAGGAAUAUCGCAAAUAGUUUCCGCAAUUCUAAAAACUCUAUGGGAGAGCGUGGAUAUCCUCCACCACCUCCACCUAGAGGGAAACAUACAUUUCCUUCCGGCCCUUAUAGUGACAUUUAUAAUAAUAGUAUAUCAGAAUCUAUUAAUGAAGAUGGUGGAUCUACGACAACAUCGGGAAGCUACACGAUAGCCAACGCUUACGAACUAUGUGACGAUAUUGAUAAUUUAUUCUUCAAAAAUUCCCCAGGAACCACCGUUGUGUAG